AAUGGCUGCUGCUGCUCCUCAACACAUGGACUUCAGAGACAAACAUGAGGAAAUUUUAGGAAGGAGAGCACAGCUGCUGGAGCAGAUGGAGAGUCACAGAGAUCAGCUGCUGGUCCAGAGGAAGCAGCAACUGAAGGAGGUUGAAGCAGCUCGCCACAGGAACCACACACUGCUGCAGGAGUUAGACAAGAUAGAGGAACGUCUCAGAGGGAAACAGCUGCCACAUCCAAAUGUCCUCGCUCUGGAGACAAGAUACUGGAUGUCUGUGGAAGAGUCCAUCCCAGCCUGGGAGCACUUCCUCCUGGGUAAAGGUCUACACCCCACUGACAACCCAGUACAGCCACACAGGAGAGCUAAGCAGAAACCAGGCACAGCUAAGAACCAGGGCCUGCCCCCCCGUCCUAAACCCAGGCCUGCUAGAUAGGUGAGCUCUGAUUGGGAUGGUACUCCUGUAGACUUUGUUCGUCACAUGACGCAGAUGGAACUAGUGCUGGUGAUUGUAUGAGAGGAUCACAAAGCACUAUCUAUUUCACAAGAAAGAAAUGAACUGGGUUUUUUUAAAGUCUAACAAAGAAAUAUAGUUUUCAAUGGAAGUAUUUUUGCAGUUUAUCAUUUUCCUGC